AUGUCGUUUUCUGGUCAACAAACUUGCCCUAUAAUCGAGUCCAGCGGUUUCCACACUUUUAACCGCCAUCAAAAUCCCAGAAAGAAGCGCACCAAGUUUAUCAGAGUCGACAAUUCUCUCGGCGGCUCCAGUUCCAGCGGUGUCACUAAGCCUAAAUGUUCGAAGAAACCUGACCCUAGUGCUCCCAAGAUCACAAGGCCGUGCAGUGAGUGCGGCAAGAAGUUCUGGUCAUGGAAGGCACUUUUCGGGCACAUGCGGUGUCAUCCUGAGCGCCAGUGGCGAGGUGUUAACCCACCGCCUAACUUCCGGCGGUUAGAAACCACCACCGCCGCUGUGAGCACUGAUCGUGAAGGCACUGCCUCCGUUGUGACGGAGGAGGAUCAUGAGGUGGCUACUUGCCUACUAAUGUUGGCUAAUGGGGGUACUGCUAGUGCUUCUGAGUCACCAUCCGUGACUAAUGUUUGUAGUACUGUAAUGUUGGAAUCUGAUAGUGGUGGUGGUGUUGGGGUUGAGAAUUUUCGAUUCGAAUGCUCCAGUUGCAAGAAAGUGUUUGGGUCUCACCAGGCAUUAGGGGGUCACAGAGCAAGUCACAAGAAUGUCAAAGGUUGUUAUGCAAUUAACAAGAAUGUCGAAAUCGGAGAGGAAGAAGAACAAGAGCAAGAACAAGAACAAGACUGGAUUAACAAUGGCGGUCAUGUUGAUCAUCAAUUAAUGGAUGUUAUAGGACACAAAUGCAGCAUUUGUUUAAGGGUUUUUUCAACAGGUCAAGCCCUAGGUGGACACAAAAGGCGCCAUUGGGAGAAAGUAUCAGAAGAAGCAUGGCUCAACCCUUAUGCAGCCAAUGAGUCUAAUUCUGGUUUGGAUUUGAAUUUGAAUUUGCCUGCUCCAGGCCCAGCCCCAGCCCCGGCCCCGGCCCCAGUUCACGAAGAUGAUGUAUCUUCAUCUGCUUCAUUUUAUUCUUCAGGUCUGGAAUUAGAUUUAAGAGUUUUGUCCAAAAUCUUAGCGCUCCUCUUCGAAGAUUUAGAGCCUUUUGAAGCUUUGAAGUCUUCCAAAGAGGAGAUGAAGAACUUGAAUCUUUCACAAACAAUGCCUAAAUUCUAG